GUAUGGUUAAAACCACGCAUCUGUUCAAGCAAAUGUUCUAUGUUUGUGUGUACUUUGGAAAUACAGUUGAAAUUAAACAUUCGAUAUUCAUCAAAAUUGCAAAUACAGAAGUGAUUGACAACAUCACAAAGAUAGUUGGUGAUAGCACUGCGAGUUCGUGUGCCCUGCAGUGUCUGUUGAACGACAGGAUUUGUGAAUCAUAUAAUCUUCGAAGAGUGGAAGGCAGUAAUGUUAAAAUUUGCGAGUUAAUAGGGGCGAGUAACGGCCUGCCUGUUCCUGAUUCCCUCAGCGAUCAUUUUUAUAGCCAACCUGAAUCGACAUUUCCCACUGCUGCCCCACUUGUUGAAACAACAUCCGGAGAAUGCCAACUUAAAGAUGUCUUUUUAAGCUCAAAAUCCUUCAAUGGUGUCUACAGAUGGUAGAUGUGGACCACAAUUCAACAACCUUGAAUGUCCCAUUGAUUGCCCUAUAUUGGACUGGACAUUCUUGACACCGUGCUGUAGUACUGUUGGAUGGUGUGGCAAGACCGAUACCCAUUGCAAUGGCAUAGAUUACAGAGAAAGGUACCCACCUACAGAAUAACAUGGUUAAUGGGUAUCAUAAAUUAUAUAUCCAUCCGAGCAGAAAGUCCUUUCCUCUGAAAUGUCUUCGCACCAAAUGCACCCUCCUUCGGACGCCUAUAAAAAGGACUAAAUUGUAAACUGAACUUAAUCUUAUAUUGAGAUUCUUGGCUAUUACAUAAUACGAGUUUAACCAUUCAGCAAUUAGAAUACGCUAAACCACAAACAGCCAUAAUCAGGAAAAUUAUUAAUCCAAGUUCACAAGCACCAUGGUUUGAUAAGGUUUUGCAAUAUUUCGAUUCAUUAUGUAAAUCUUUUUAACGCUAAAAUAUUACAAAAAUGGCAUUUAACAUAAAAUAAACUACUUAUUUCCACCAAGAUUGCAAUCCUAAAUUAUAUAAUUCCGUAACAGCAUUUCGUGAUACAUGUAAGGGACCCUUCGAGAUCGAGCCACACAAAGUCUAAUUCAAUGUAUCGUUCUUGUUCAUGUUAUCGUUUGUGAAAAGUAAUAUACAGUGUGUCUAAAAAAACGCAACGAACAAAAACAUUGCAAAAUCACGAAAGCAG